UGACUCGCACAGAAUUUACUGGAUUUUUUUUGUUUGUUAUUUUAUUCACAUUUGGAGUUUGCUUUAACUUGCUGGUGGAUGCAUUCAAGGGUUACGAUAAACUAUGUGUGCAAGUUCACUGAAUAUAUAAAGUAAUGAAUCUUCUGAGCACUCUCUACUGGAAGUGUAUCACCCUGAUCACACUGGAGGUACACUUAACUAAAUAUUAAUGAUACUGUUUUUUCUGGUGUUUGUCUUGUUGAGGCCUGAGUUAAUGCUUGACAUCAGUUCAUUUCUGCGUAGCUUUAUAAUUUCCAUUAUCAUUUGUUUCACUACAGGCCUAUAUUUCUUUUUUACGCAUUAUUUUAUUAUUAUUUACAUCGGGUUUUAACUGCCUGUCGUGGAUUUCCUCGCCUUGUGGAACUUCUUAUGUGUCAGAGCAGUGCUUAAAUAAACUUGCCUUCAGUAGUCCUCACGUCCUGCAGACAGCCGUGCGUUGCAUUCAGGUGAUCCUGAUGAUCCCGAUCCCCUCAGCUCUCAGCUCUCAGCUCUGCGCGCUGGUGUCGCACACCAUCUGGCCGCCAGGGGCUCGGUGCCACCCUGCACACCUUCCACAAUCACUCCAUCUUGCAUUCACUUCCCUUCCUAAACUUUGCCUUCAGUUUUUUUUUCUGUAGUGGGCGGGGGCGUCACUUUAUUCAAUAAACGCAACUCGUCAGUGAUGGAAAGUCGGUGGCAGAGGUGAGGAGCGUCCACAGACGGAGUGGGUGUUGAGUUGAGGAGGAGAACUUCUAAACUUCUUAACCGGUGAGCUCUGCUCUGCUCUGCUCUGCUCUGCUCGCAGAGUUUGUGCCAUUUGCUUGUUCAGAAGAUUAAGAUGGAGUGGCGCCAGCAGACCAGUGUCAGCUGUGCAGACGCGUUCAACGAGGCUCAACGCUGGAUUGAGGAAGUGACCGGUAAAUCCUUUGGCUGCAAUGAUUUCCGCGCCGCCUUGGAGAAUGGAGUCCUGCUGUGCGACCUUAUCAACCAGUUGAAACCUGGUAUCAUCAAGAGGAUGAACAGGCUUUCUACUCCCAUCGCUGGUCUGGACAAUGUGAACGUUUUCCUGAAAGCCUGCGGGAAGUUGGGACUAAAUGACUCGCAGCUGUUUCACCCAGGCGACCUGCAGGACCUGUCCACUCGCGUGACACUCAGGCGAGAUGAAGGCAACAGGCGGCUCAAAAAUGUUCUGAUUACAAUCUACUGGUUGGGUCGCAAGGCUCACCUUGAUGCCUUCUACAGUGGUCCUCAGCUUAACUUCAAGGCGUUCGAAGGGCUGUUAGGGUUGGCCUUGUCCAAGGCUCUGGACGAAGGCAGUAAUGUUUUGGUGAAGGACGAUGGCUACGGAGAGUGCCGUUACCUAGAGGGGGAGGAGUGUCAGCGCAAGAGACCGAGCUAUAAGAGGGAGAAUUCUGCGGACAGCGUUGAUUCCCUGGACUCCAGGGCUCUCCGCCCAAACAGUGAAGGUUGUGGUAGUGACGCAGAAGCGGAGCAGGUGUUCAAGAUGGAGAACGCAGCACGCCAGAGUAAAGGCUAUGUCCCGCCGCCUCUCCUUCGAAGCAAACAAGGACAGGAGGAGAACGAAAGGGGCAGUGCGAGUCCGCUCCAUAGAACAUAUCAAAACCAGGUCAAGCCUGAGAGAUCAUUUCAGGUCAAUCCCGGCUGGAUCUGGAGCAAAUCCCUCAGCGACAUCCCGAUGAUGUACCCCGUACGUAAAGCCACUGAUAGAAACAGCAUUAACGACGAUGGAGUCCAGACCACCGGCCUGGAGACGGAAUUGAAUCAAGAGAACAAGAGGAAGAAUAGCGUCGCUGCCAAGGACAGUGAAGCUCAGUGGCAGGAUGACUUGACAAAGUGGAAAAACCGUCGCAGGAGCACCAAGUCUGACCUCCGGAGGAAGUCGCAGGACAGGGAGCAUGUCAUUAAUCAGAUGAGCAACGGCGCUGUGACAAACUUUGGGAAGAACGAGGCGAAAAUGAAAAGAGACCAGCAGUCACCAUGGAGGCAUAACCCUGCCCCUCGUCCUUACCCCAUCUCUUCUCCGUCUAAAUCAUCAAGCGCCGAUCUGCGUCCACACACCCGAGCGCUGUUGGCCCGCAGCUACGCCACCGAGGCGCCUUUCAGCCCCGCGGCUCCACUUAGCUCCCGUAACUCAGCCUACACUCGGGGGUCAUCAGUGGGAGCCAUACCUGCUUCUGAUGCGAACACCUUGGGAGAAGUGACGCAGCUCGCCUCCUUGGCUUCAGAUGGAGCAGGAGUCACCACGCCUUCGCUGGAUUUCCCUUUUAGCUCUCAGACCCAGGUCAAGGCAGAAGGCGGCUCAGCUCUGUUCCAGUCCACGUCUGAAGUGUCCCAGCCGGAGCACGUCACAAACCAAAUCUCCACACUUGUCACAACCAUAAAGCCCAAGGAGAUGACGAAAUACAACCGUAACCUUGCUUCAUCCACGUCAAGUCAACCGAAAGUCCACGCUCUGGAAGACUUUCCAGAUCACAAGUCCCUGGAAGAGAGCCGGAAGCCGUCGUCGGAGCAAGGUGGAGCCCAGCAGGCCUCAGGCGUCUACAAGUACUUGUCCAGAACUGGAUCGUGGUCCGGCUCGGCCAGCCUUCCCCGCGGCUAUCGGCGUUCCGAGGGCUCGACCCGUCUGUCUUCUGCAAUCACAGCGAGACCCUUCGGAACCAAGCAGUCCAGGAUGUCGCCGCUGCCGAGGAUGUACAACGUGGACGACAAUCUGGGUGUGCUGCUGAACAGUGAGAAAGAGGAUUCUCUUUGUUCGCCCACUAAAUCAUCCCUCAAAAGACAGACUGCGACCGCCCAGCUGAGGGGUCAGCACGAGGCAUCAGUCAAACAGAAGAAAGGCAACCGGGCGAGGCAGAGCGGUGCAGAACAGGGGAAGGAGGUGAAUGGAGCCAUUCUUUCUGGACAGACCUCCUUUCAGACCAGCGGCUAUCCCCAUCAGCCCUCCAAUCAAAGCCUGAUGCUGCCUCAGCCGUAUUCGAACAUGCAGUCCCACCACAAUAAAACCUUUACUCUGCCAUCUAACACAAGCAUUGACCUCCAAAAGGCAGAUUACAGUGACAUGAGAGUGAGCCUUACGCUCAAACCCAACAGCAUACCAGACUUUGGUUUCCACACGCUCUGGGACUCGGCGGGAGCACGAAUCAAAUACAUCCUACCUGGGAGCCCAGCGGAGCUCUGCCGGCUGUGCGUGGGCGAUGAGGUCGUGGCUGUGGAUGGAGUUGCGGUGGAGCUUAUGACCUACACCCAGUGGAAGGAUAAAAUGGCGUCCGCCCUGCAAACCGGCAACCUGACGAUGGACAUUCGACGUUAUGGCAACAAGGACUGGAGCACCAGUGAAGGGAGUCACCACAACCAGCCAGGCCAAAGCAUGAUGACCCUCAACCUGACUUCUACUGCACCUGUUCUCAUUGGUUGCUCUGAUCGCCGUGUCAGCUCCGCCCCCUCUACGGAACAGACGGUCGCACCAGUGUCCAAAUUCAAUGAGCAGGGAGACGAUGUAACGCAAGAAAAAGUCACGGAUGGAGGGCCUGCUGACAACGCCGGGGCAGCCAGAAGUAAAGAUUGUAAUGAUAUUACUAGGAAAAAUCAGAAAAUGAGGGAAGAGUUUUUCAAAGAGAAAGGAGGCUCAGAAUCUGCGAUAUCUGACCUCCAGGUGCCAUCCCUCAACCCCUCCUCGUCCUGCUGGUCGUGGGACCGCGAGGAGGAUCGCAGGCGUCAGGAGAAGUGGCAGGAAGAACAAGAGCGCCUCCUACAGGAGCAAUACCAGCGAGACCAGGAGAGACUGGAAGAAGAGUGGCGCAGGGCACAACAGGAUGCAAUGGACGUCAGGAAGUCGAGGCAGAACACGUUGGAGAUGACCUCCGGUGGUGCACGGCUCCACGUCAACGGAUUGAAAAACAAAGCCAGAGAAGAAGAAAAGCAGAGUCCUGGCAGAGAAGAGCUGAAAGAGGCAAAACCUCAAAGGAACCUGCAAGGCGUGCAGAAUGACAGGAUUGCAGAAAAAGACUGGGCUGACGGCUCCUGCGGCUUUGCUCGGCUUUCCCCGGCGCACAGGGCUAAGUCUUUGUCAACCCCAGUAUUAGCCGGUCAGACAAGAGGUGACCAGAGGAAAGGGAUGGGACUACCUGGCUCCAAGGCUGAGAAAGAGAGGAAGCAGAUUUUGGAGGAGAUGAAGAAAAGGACUCAGCUUCUGACCGACAACAGCUGGAUACGUCAGCGCAGCAGCAGCUUUUACAAGGAGCCCGUCUACGUCGGGGUUCCUGUGAAGAGGUACGAGUCUCUGGACGACCUGGACGCUCUGCGCGAGUCCCAGGAGACCUCUACGUUCAGUUACCCUCGCCCACUGUCGGCUGUUGCAGGUUACUACCCUCCGAGCAGGAACUCCAAUUCCCGUUACAGCACUGGAGCAAUAUUGUCCCACGGCAGGACGGUCAGUGGCAGGAGGACUUGCUGUGUGUGUGAGCGUGUCCUGGGUGGGGCAGCCAUGACCGUAGAGACCCUUAGUCUCUCCUUCCACCUCGCCUGUUUCCAGUGCGUGGGCUGCGGCCAACGGCUCAGAGGAACAGAAACCGGAGUACAGGCUCGAAUCCGAAACGGGAAGCCUUUCUGCGAGCGCUGCUAUUUUCAGCUCAGAUCCACUGGUGCCCUCCCCAUGUGACCAGCUUGCCGUGCUCCAGAUUGAAGAGUAAACCGGCGGACAAGUGGAAAUAUCAGACACAUUGGAAAUUUAUAUAUUCUUUUUCCUAAUCCUUGGCGUCUAUAAAACUGUAGAAAUUCUUGACAAUCUCCGGAUUCAUGGAUUUAUAUUCACUAUUAAUAGAUGUUUUGUUUUUUUAAAAUCAUAUAGUAGUUUAACUGUCCUUUUUCUCUGCUAAUUUAUUUCCUCAUACAAUUUAGAUGAUAAUAUAUGAAAUUAAAUAAAGAUGGGAAUUAUUAAUGUUGACCCAUGGUUUUGUUUUUGAGUUAGUGUUGCUCUUUGUCACAAUUGUUUGUGUGUUGACCUUUGACUCAGGUUAUUGAAGCACAUUUUACCAUGUACUCAAGCACUUUGUGUUCUAUGUUGUGAAGUCACAUUGGGAAAAAUCACUGGAGUAAAUAUAUAUAUGUCUACAAUGCAUGUAAUUCUCACAUGACAAUUUGCAUUUUAACUCAAAUGAUUCUUCCUUUUCUUUUUCUUUUGUAAAUAAAAUGCACUGAACAAAAAGGC